AUGUCUUCAUCAACGUUCACACAACGAUGGACAUCUGUACAUGAUCUAACAACGAAUAGUAAUAAAUCGAAAAAGUUAAAUUUAUUCUUUCUCCAACCAUCGUCAUCCGAAUCGAAUGCAUUUACAUUUCCAUUACGUCCGACACAAUCAUUGAUUUCACUAGUCGAACCAUCAACAUCACCGAUAUCGACAACAACUACCACCAACACCGAGUCAACAUCUUCUCAUCUACCGAGACAAACAAAAACAUCUUCGUCUCGUGUUGCAGAAAUUAUUCACCGAUUCGAAUCGCAAACUGUGUCAUCGAUGAGUAAUCAUCAAAACAAAAAUUUACCUCCAACUCGUUCUAUAAUUAUCAAGGAAUGGAAACGAGCGCCUGUUCGAACUCCUCUCAAUGUCACCAUUGAAACGCCUCCAACCUUCAAUUCUAAAACAAAUGCCAAACCGCAACCUAUCAUCGUGUAUGAAAGAAUAACAAAUCAUGAUAGGAAACAACCGAAAUCGUCGUACACACCUCCAAUUGUAAGUCCGAAAAGUCCUUUAGUCAAAACAUGGCUACACAAUCGAACGAAAUCUCAACAAGCUAUUGAAAGUGAUACUGAUUCAGCUAUACAGACAAUGGCCGCUGUGAUACCAACAGAUAUGACUGAUUCUGUUGCCUCUUCUCGUUCCAAUACAACAGAAUCCAAUUGUUCUUCAUCUUUAUCAUCAUCUACUUCGCCCAUCAUUCCUCAUUUUGCACUUCCGACAAUCGCUUCCAUGCAAAAGCAACGUGAUAAUUCUUCGAAUGCAACAUAUUUUAAACGGACCUCUUCUCCUCCAUCUCCUACCAUUGUUACUUUUACACGUGCAAUUCCUUCGACAUCCUCGACAUCGAAUGAAACUCGUCAACAAUCCCAAUCAACAGACAUAUGCUCGUCAGAAGAAAAUCUUGCUGAUCAAACCGAUCGCGUAUCCUCAUCAACAAAUUCCAAUCCAUCAGAAAUAAGUUUAAUUCGAACGUCCAUAACAGAACUUAUAAUAAAAACCAAUCUACCAUUAAAAUACAAAAGAGAUUCAUUUCUUCGAUUAUAUGGACCCGAUGCUUUACAACAACAUUGUCACCGAAAGUCUCAGGAUGUUAUACUCGAAGAUGAUAUUGAUCCACCAUUUUCUCCACGUAUAGUCACGAUAAAGAAGAACAAAACAGUGACAGAUGAAUAUGAAUUAAUGGAAUUUCUUGGAAGAGGAAAAUUCGGUGAAGUUAAAAAAUGUCGUGAAAAAUCUACGAAACAUCUAUUGGCUGCAAAAUUUAUUCAGGUGCACAAAGAACAAGAUCGUAUUGAGGCUCAUAACGAAAUUGAAAUCAUGAAAGCACUUCAACACCCGAGACUUCUACAACUUUAUGAUGCUUUCGAAACCAAAGGAGAUAUUUGUCUCAUCAUGGAAUUAAUUACUGGCGGAGAAUUAUUCGAACGUGUUAUUGACGAUGAUUUCAUUUUAACUGAACGUCUUUGUGAAUUAUACAUGAUGCAAAUAUGUGAAGGAGUCAAUUUUAUGCAUUCAUGUAAUAUUAUUCAUCUUGAUAUGAAGCCGGAGAAUAUUCUAUGUUUGAAUCGUAAUGGUCAUCGGAUAAAAAUCAUUGAUUUUGGUCUUGCGAGAAAAUUCGAUCCAACGAAACAGUUGAAAGUCCUAUUUGGCACUCCGGAAUUCGUUGCACCGGAAGUGAUUAAUUUCGAUCGAGUUGGAUAUGGUACAGAUAUGUGGUCAGUUGGAGUUAUUUGUUAUGUUUUAUUAUCCGGUUUAAGUCCAUUUAUGGGUGAAAAUGAUAAUGACACGUAUGCAAAUAUCAACCGAGUUAGUUAUGAUUUCGAUGAUGAAGCAUUUACGGAUAUAUCUGAUGAGGCCAAAGAUUUUAUCUCUAAAUUAUUGUUGAAAAACAAAGAUAAACGUCUUCAAGCUAAACAAUGUCUGACACAUCCAUGGUUAUCGCGACGACAAAAACUCGUCGCUACACCGAGCGACGAAGAAACAGCGGAAAAGAAAUUAUCGACACGUAAACUACGUCGAUUUGUUAUACGACGACGUUGGCAGAAAGCAGUCAAUGCUUUGUUAGCAUUGAAACGUAUGGGAAUGACGUUGUGA